CUGCCGUCAAGACACCCUGGAACGAGCAUCGUAUUCAUUGACGACGUGUUUGGGCAUUAAGAGUAGCCAAAACAACAGCUGUUCAACAAUGGCCACCGCGACAGGUCGCGACACGCGCGCUGCCAGGUCGCGAAAGCGAGCCAACGACGAGGAGCUUGGCUUCCCCAAGAAGCCCAGACUCGAGACCAAAACGGAUCCCACAAGGUGGAGGCUGAAGGACGACGACAGCAGGCAUACCUGGCAUUAUUUGCCUGACGCCAAAGCUGCCAAGGAGUGGCCACAGAGCUUUGCGGAAAAAUGGUACUUGAAUCUGCCUUUGGGCCUCCCAGAUCUUCCAAAGGCACAGACGCCUCUAGAAGCGACCAGGAACGGCCUCACAUUCUUCGAAAAGCUUCAAUUGCCCUCGGGGCACUGGGGUUGUGAGUACGGCGGGCCCAUGUUCCUGCUUCCAGGCGUCGUCAUCACGUGGUACGUGACGAAGACGGAGAUUCCCCCUGCGUACGCGACCGAGAUCAAAAACUACAUUGCCGCGAGGGCAAACCCCAAGGAUGGCGGCUGGGGCCUUCACAUCGAGGGCGAGAGCACCGUCUUUGGAACAGCCCUCAACUAUACAACGCUUCGGCUCGUUGGCGUCGACCCGGAUGAGCCGAUGAUGGUCAAGGCCCGAGGCACGCUGCACAAGCUGGGAGGAGCAGUCAACGCGCCGCACUGGGCAAAGUUUUGGCUCGCCGUCUUGGGUGUCGUGGACUGGGAUAUCGUCAACCCAGUGCCGCCAGAAAUCUGGCUCCUUCCCGACUGGGUUCCCAUCGCACCCUGGCGCUGGUGGAUUCAUAUUCGCAUGGUCUUCUUGCCGAUGGGCUACCUAUAUUCCAAGAAAUGGAGCUGCGAGGAGACGGACAUCACACGCGGGCUCAAGCAAGAGCUGUUCGUCCAGCCGCACGAUCAGAUCGUCUGGGCAGCACACCGCAACAGCAUUUCGGCUAUCGAUAAUUACCACCCGAAGUCAUGGCUUCUGAACUCGGUCAACUGGUUGCUGGUAAACGUCUAUAACCCAUAUCUGCGGCUGAACUUCAUCAAGGAGAGGGCCGAGGCGUGGGUGAGUGAGCAGGUUGACAUGGAAGACGCGAAUACGGACUAUGCAAACUUGGCUCCCGUUAACGCGCCCAUGAACACGCUUGUCUGCUAUGUUCGCGAUGGGUCCGACGCCCCUAGCUUCAAGAGGCAUAUUGAGCGCCUGCCAGAGUUCCUAUGGGUCAAGGACGAAGGCAUGCUUUGCAACGGCACCAAUGGCGUGCAAUGCUGGGACACUGCCUUUUUGAUUCAAGCCGUGUUUGAGGCAGGACUACAGGAUGAUAAGAACUGGAGACCUAUGUUGGAGCGGGCGCUCAACUAUCUUGAACGCCAACAGAUCCGGGACAACUGCAAGGACCAAGAGAAAUGCUACCGACAGCCGCGCAAAGGUGGCUGGCCGUUUAGCAACAGAGACCAAGGAUAUGGCGUGAGCGACUGCAUCUCGGAAGCUCUCAAGGCCAUCAUUCUCCUGCAAAACGUAGGUGGGUUCAACAAGGUCCUUAGCGACCAACGCAUCUUUGACGCCGUCGACACGCUGCUGCUCUAUCAGAACGACAACGGGGCCUUGUCGUCUUACGAGGCGCGCAGGGGCGGCGAGUACAUGGAGAUGCUCAAUGCGGCAGAGGUAUUCGGGCGCAUCAUGAUUGAGUACGACUAUCCAGAGUGCACAACGGCGUGCGUGACGGCGCUGUCGCUCUUCAACAAACACUGGCCCGAGUAUCGAACCGACGAGAUCAAGCUAUUCAUCAAGCGAGCGACCAACUGGAUCAAGUCGAACCAGCGGUACGAUGGCAGCUGGUAUGGCAGCUGGGGCAUUUGCUUCACGUACGCUACGAUGUUUGCGCUGGAGAGCAUGGCCAGCAUCGGCGAGACGUAUUCCAAUAGCAAAAUUUCCAAGGCUGGAUGCGAGUUUCUGCUUUCCAAGCAGCGCGAAGAUGGCGGUUGGUCGGAAAGCUACAAGGCUUGUGAAACGAUGGAGUAUGUCGAGCACCCUUACGGCUCGCUCGUUGUGCAGACAUCCUGGGCACUUAUCGGCCUCAUGGAAGCCGACUAUCCCAACGUCGAGCCGCUGAAGAAGGGCAUCGAGCUCAUCAUGCGCCGGCAGCAACCAAACGGCGAGUGGCUCCAAGAGGCUAUUGAAGGCGUCUUCAACAAGUCGUGCAUGAUCUCGUACCCAAAUUACAAGUUCACUUUUACGAUCAAGGCGCUGGGAAUGUUUGCGAAGAAAUAUCCCGACAUCAAGGUGAGUAUUUAGGUAGGCGGGCGGUCGUCGUGCUUGGACGUGGGGUGGCGUUGGCGGCGGAAAGACGCAGUACGUAGCUUCCAAGUAAUGAUUAAUGUUAAUAUGACUGCAGCAUAGCAGCUGG